AAAAAAUGCAUUAAUAUAGUUUAUAUGUAUGGCCAUAGGAUAGAGUAUAUAAUUUAUGUUGGUAGCUAUCAUUUUUCAUUUUAUUUCCAUCAUACAACAUCUUAAGGAGCAUUCUCUAGCUCCCAGCAACGAAGAUGGCUUCCACCACCAACAUCCUUGCUCUUCGCUCUUCCUUUAUCAUCAACCCUAGAUUCAAUCCCAACCUCCAUCACCAUAAUCCUAAUCUCCGUCUCUCUCUUCCCCAUAAACCCACCUUCAAUCUCUCCCUCCAAAACCCUAAAACCAUCGUCUCCGCCGUCGUUACCUCCUCAUCUCCAACACUCUCCACGAAACCCCCUCCUCAAAUUUCCUUCUCCAACUCGACGAAAUCAAUCACAACCCUCGCGAUUCUCGCCGGAAUCGUAACCAAAUCCCUAGUUCAGAAGCUCUCCGCCGCGAUUGUAACCCUAUCCCCACAGAUCCAAGCAUCUCUCCGAGUUUCCGGUCCGUUGUUCUUCGCGUCGAUUCGCGACCGUCCCGCCGGUUAUCUGAACACGCCGUUGACAGUAGUUGCGGCGGGUUUAUCAAAGUGGCUAGAUAUCUACAGUGGCGUUCUAAUGGUUAGAGUUUUGCUCAGUUGGUUCCCGAACAUUCCAUGGGAUCGUCAGCCUUUGUCUGCAAUUAGAGACCUCUGUGAUCCUUAUCUGAAUCUAUUCAGGAACAUUAUCCCUCCGGUGUUUGAUACGCUUGAUGUUAGCCCUUUGCUUGCUUUUGCUGUUUUGGGAACUUUGGGUUCGAUUCUGAACAAUAGCAGAGGAUAGUUGAAAGUUUCUGACUCUGGUUCGAGUGAUGCAAAAGCUUAUGGAUCUUAUCAGUUUUUGUAAUUUAAUUUCACUUUGAAGGCGAUAUCUUGGUGAUGUUGAAGAUUUAGUGGCUGGGAAACAAAAAGGCUUGUGCUUUUAGAACCCAUUUGGCUUAGCAUCAUCUCAACGACCUUAGCACACUACCCCUAAAUUUGAAGGUUGCUAAAAUUUGAGAUUUUUGGCUUUACUGAUGGAAAAUAUCUGGUUCUAUUUUAGUGAUAUGUGAAAAAAAAGUUUGAUGUCAAAAACAAA